AUGACUGGAGCUGGUGGUGCUCCCAUGAUUGGAGCUGGUGGUGCUCCCAUGACUGGAGCUGGUGGCGCUACCAUGAUUGGAGCUGGUGGUGCUCCCAUGAUUGGAGCUGGUGGCGCUACCAUGACUGGAGCUGGUGGUGCUCCCAUGAUUGGAGCUGGUGGUGCUCCCAUGACUGGAGCUGGUGGCGCUACCAUGAUUGGAGCUGGUGGUGCUCCCAUGAUUGGAGCUGGUGGCGCUACCAUGACUGGAGCUGGUGGUGCUCCCAUGAUUGGAGCUGGUGGUGCUCCCAUGAUUGGAGCUGGUGGUGCUCCCAUGAUUGGAGCUGGUGGCGCUACCAUGACUGGAGCUGGUGGUGCUCCCAUGACUGGAGCUGGUGGUGCUCCCAUGACUGGAGCUGGUGGUGCUCCCAUGAUUGGAGCUGGUGGUGCUCCCAUGACUGGAGCUGGUGGCGCUACCAUGAUUGGAGCUGGUGGUGCUACCAUGAUUGGAGCUUGUGGUUCUUGUGGUAUACGAAUAAAAGGGCGAAAUGCUGAAAAUACUUUUUUAUUAGGUAAGAUGUUCCAAAACUCACGAGAAUGGUCGGAAUGGUGA